AUGGUGACCGUCAUCGGCUUCUUGCCGCCCCGUACUGACAACUCGCUUGACCCUUCCGAGCCCCGUCACUUCACGAUCGAAACAUCUGUCUACGACGCGUCGAAGGCAGCCCCAGCUCACUUCUCCGUAGUCUGCUUCUUGGAAGACACCAAGCGUCGGUGGAAAGUCAAGACACCAGCAUCGGGAGCUCUCCUUACCGUCACUGCGAAGAUCCCCGGCCGCACGAGGGACACCAACCUCCUGGCCCUCCGAGUCCUUGACCUAGCUUACUUACCAAGACCUGCGUCCGCGCUAACACCGGCCCUGACUGAUACUCUACCUUUAAAGCGAUUAGACCGCUGGCGUGGCUGGGUCCCAUAUACAUCUACUCCUUUGAAGAGACUACGUAUAUUGGACCCUGCUAACUAA